AUGUCCACCACGACUACAAACCCAUCCACCUCAUCAACUCGUUUCCAAUCGUGUGGAAUUUGUGGAAUCGAGAAACGAGAACCGUAUAAAUGUCCACGUUGCUCUCUCCUCUACUGUACGAUUAAAUGCUAUCGAAACGAGAAACAUUCGGAAUGUUCGGAGACGUUUUAUCAAGAACAAGUCAAAAGAGAAUUAUCUGGAAAACAGGCGGAUAUGAGUCACAAGGGAGAAGAGUAUCGAGAGAAAAUGCAAAAGUUUUUGGACGGAGAUUGGAGUGGAAUUGAGGAAGGGGAACCACUGGAUUCUGACGACGAGACGGAAGAAGAGAUGAAUGAAUGGCAGAAACGAGAAGACGAAGCGAUGAAAAAGACAAUCGAAGGGACGAUUGACGACUACGAAUUGGAUGAUGGAGAGAUCGAGAGACGGAUGAUGACGUGUGGAUUAUCAGAUGACGUCGAUCAACUUCUGAAUACUUUGACGCCAGAGGAGAGAGAAGUAUUCAAACAAUUGGCUGCCGAAAUGCAAAAUGAGGAGUUGGGACUCGAUUCGUCAUGUUUUUCCGGCAAAAAACGAUAA